UACUCAUUGAUAAUCGAUUGGCACCUUUGCGGAAGUACCAACGAAGACCGAUCUGGACAUUUCAAGCACCUACAUUCAUCAGUCAAUAUGACGGCUUCUGUAGGAAUCAACUUGCUCGCCGUCUUUUUACUGGAUUUUGCUAUUCAGUUCGUCUGCUUUGUGUUUGCUGCCAUAUUCAAGACUGAGAAAUUCUACGAUCUGUCAGGAUCAGUGACAUACAUUGGUUGCAUUUUGAUUUCUUUACUCUAUCGACAUGGAGACGACAUACUGUCAAACCUGACGCCCCGUCAAAUCAUAAUUGCUGCCCUAGUAUGCAUAUGGGCUGUACGAUUGGGAACCUUCUUGUUCAUCAGAGUCAUGAAAGAGGGCAAAGACGCUCGGUUUGAUGGUGUCAAGGAAAACCCGUUGCAGUUUUCAGUGUAUUGGGCGCUUCAAGUGGUUUGGAUUUACUUGACUGCCUUGCCUUGUUGGAUCGUGCUAGGAAAUGAUUCAUACAACGAACCAAACCUCGUAUGGUCUGACUACGUCGGCAUUGUACUAUGGGUGUACGGUUUCCUAGUUGAAGUAAUUGCCGACACAUCUAAAUUCGUCUUCAAACUCACGAAUCGCAAAGAUUUCAUAUCGACUGGAAUAUGGAAAUACUGCCGGUACGCAAACUACCAUGGCGAAAUCGUUCUAUGGCUCGGGAUGUGGAUACUCUGCAUCCACGGCUUCACAGACAAUUGGCAAUUCGUGUCAAUCAUAUCGCCAUUAUUUGUAGCUGGACUGAUAUUGGGUGUUUCUGGAGUGCCGUUAGCAGAAGCUAGUGCAGAGAAGCGAUACGGUGGACGAGCCGAUUAUCAGGCUUAUAAGGCUGCUACUCCGAAGUACUUUUUGUGGUUUCCCAAGAAGCUUCAAGUGACGAACGAGAGUCAGUCGGUGCCUGAAGAGCCAGUAGAAGAACGAAGGGAUCCAGAACAAGCUGCUUAA